AUGGCCUUCAUGGCCUUCAUGGCCUUCUGGGCUUUCAUGGCUUUCUGGACCUUCAUCUUGGGCAUCGCUUUGGGCAAUGCUCUUUUGGUCCCCUUCAUGGCCUUCAUCUCUGGCAUCUUGGUCUUCAUGGGCUUGGGCUGGUGGAUCUCCAAGCCAUUCUUCAUGAAGCUGGUCCUCCAUGGUGUCAUGCACACCUGGCAGUUUGGGAGCACCCAAAGGCGCCAACCCCAAAUCCAACUGGUGCAUCCCUUGGUGCUGCAGCAAAGACGCAGCAGUGGCCCAAGUGGCUUGGUUCCAUCACCCUCUGGCAUGGCAGACUUGCUGGUGUCUUUCUUGGACUCCAUCUUGGUGGCCUUCAUGGAAUUCAUGGCGACCUUCAUGCUGGUCUUCAUGGCUUUCAUGGUGGAAAGCUUAGGAGCCAUGGCUGCACUGGGCAGGAGAUGGAUGCACCUACAGGUGGUGGCACAGGAGGGCCAGGCUGCCAAUCUUGGCCUUCAUCUUGGUCUUCCUGGGCUGGUGGUGGGCCCUAGCAAAGGUUUUGUAGCAGAUGUGGUGGUCUCCUGGGUGGUAGAGGGAAGAACACCAACCAGUGAGACUGUCGAGGGCAAGGUUUUUGUAGAGGGCAAGGACGUCAGGCUUGGCAAGCCGAAAUAUAUGACGACGUCCUUGAGUAUAAAGCGACAAUCGGGCUUGGUAAGCACGUUGUUGAGAAUGCGGCAACAGUCGGGCUGGGCAUUGGUGGUGGAUCCGGCGGCUUGUGGUGACAGCGACAGUGGUGAAGUGGUGAGCCCCAAGGAGGUCUUUGUGGGGCCGAUUCAAGACCUGUGGAUGGCAACGGGUUUUGGUGGAGAGGGCAGGGUUCACUGCCUUGAGGUGUUUGCCGGUGAAGCGGAGAUCUCCGGCGCUUUUGCUGCUCAUGGUUUGGGGGUCUUGCGUCCUCGAGAUAUCAGGUAUGGAGAUGAUCUACGUGACCCUGAGGUGCGUGCAAACAUCUUGGAGGAGGUGCGGCAAAGAAGGCCAAAAGUGGUUUGGCUGGCCCCGCCGUGCACGGCGUGGUGUGCAUUUUCCAGGCUGAACCACACCAAGCAAGAGCGACGGCGCAUUCGUCGUCGUGAGAAGGUCUUUCUGGAAUUUAUUGACGAGGUCUUCUUGAUCCAGCGCAUGAAUGGAGGGCAUGUCGUGGUUGAAAAUCCAGCCACUUCUGACAUUUGGCUUCACCCCAUUUUGGCGAGGUGGGCUCGUGACAACCAGGUGGAGAGUUUUGUCCUCCACAUGUGCGCUUUUGGUCUGGAGUCGAUAGCACACCCUGGCAUGGCCUUGAAGAAGAGCAUCAAGUUGAUGGCAACAGAUCCGAGCUUCAGACAAGUGCUGGAGAGGAGGUGCAACCAACAACAUGAACACGCUCGAGUACAGGGCAAAGACACCAAAUGGUCAGGCGUUUACCCGCCUGGGUUUGCUGAGGCGGUGGUUGAGGCGACCAAGAGCGCUGGAGCUCAUCAAGUUUUGGUGGCUGAAGACGGCACGGGCCGAGAUUUGGAGAUGGAAGUCAUACCCGAAGAAGCUAGUGGUAGCAGAGGGGCAAGCGACAUCACCUUCAAGGGGACGGUUUCUGGCAAGGUAGCUGGUGCUCUGAGGAGGAUGCAUCAGAAUCUUGGGCAUCCUUCGAAUCGUGACAUGGUGAAGCAUCUGACUCUUGGGAGAGCUCCGAAGGAGAUGGUGGCGGCAGCUCAUAACCUCCACUGCAAGACCUGUACGAGAUGCAAGCGCCCGCCGGCGCACCGUGUCACAAAGCCGGCGACCCUGCUAGACUUCAAUGAGGCGGUGGCCCUGGAUAUCAUCUACAUCGAUACGGUGGAGUCCAAGGGCAACUUGGCACUCAACAUGGUGGAUGUGGCAUCGUCCUACCAGGUAGCCAUACCCAUUGAAAGUCCGCAUGCUCCUGUGGUCUCCGAAGCCUUCUACAAGCAUUGGGUAGCUUGGGCAGGGGUACCUGCCAAGAUUAUCCUUGACUUAGACACAUCAUUCCAGGACAGCUUCUGGGAGAUCACCUCCGGCGACAGCAUCUGCAUGAGGAGUGCCGCGGGUCAGGCACACUGGCAGAAUGGGGUGGCGGAACGAUACAAUGGAGCAUGGAAAGAUGUGUGGGAUCGUGUUUGCCUGGAGUGUAGCGUCACCGACAAAGACUUGCAAUGGGUUUUUGGAAGCAACGGAAGACUGGUCCCAGAUCCUGAAGAUGGCGCUGAACAAUUGAGCGCGCUCAGCAACAUCACUGCGGAUGAGAAGAUGGCGCGCGAACAGACUCUCAGAGUGGCAGCGCGCAUGGCCUUCUUCCAAGGCCACUCUGUAGAUGCAGUGCGGAAAGCCUUGGCUCAUCGACCUCGGGUGCAACCCAAGGAGUUCAAGCCGGGCGACAUGGUCUAUGUCUACCGCGAGAACAAGAGCAAAGGGAAACGAGUGUCUUCCAGGUGGCUUGGCCCUGCCACUGUGAUCGGCCCAGAAGGUUCUAACUACUGGGUGGCUCGUGGUGGUCGUUGUCUUUUGGCGGCAGGUGAACAUCUUCGCAUGGCAGAACAUGAAGAAGUCAGCGAGGCGUUGCGGAUCAAAGCAGUGCUCCAUGAGGUGAAGAAAGCCCUGGAUGCUGACUUCGAGGAGGCAGUCGACGACAUGGCUGUGGGUGAUAUGGAGGUGGACGAGGAUAUGAGCUUCGAAGCGCUUUUGGAUGAGGCGGUGAUGGGCGAUGAGCCACCACCACAAGCCGGGCGUGCCAGCGCUCGAGAUGUCGAACGAGCACAUCGAUCUCAAGAGGCAGAAGUGUGUUUUGAGCGCCUUGCCAAGCAGUCCAGGCUCUUGGACGAUGUCCCGGUGUCAGUCAGAAAGCACCUCCGGACGCAUGAACCUGGUGAACCUCGCGGUGGUGGGUCAGCGAACGUGAGGUUGUUUGAAGUAGAGCUUUCGAGGCGCCUCCACUCCAUUGAGGAAGGACUGAUGCCUGGACAACUGGUGGAGAUCGUGAAGGGAGUCUUUGGGCUCUCAACAGCCCCCAAACUAUGGUGGAUUAAACUCUCAACCGAGUUGAUGCAGAUCAAGAUCCCCUAUUAUGGCAAGGAGGAGAUUUACGUGGAGCAGAACGAGAUAGACCCCUGCGUGUUCUUACUCAAAGGGCACGGCGGCAGGGUGGUUGGCGCCAUUUUGACACAUGUGGGGAAUCUCAUGAUCAUGACAGAGCCAGCCCUACACCAAGAACUGCAAGCCGAGAUCAGCAAGCGCUUCCCCGUCGAUGACUGGGAAACCGACGCCUUUGAGUAUGUGGGGUGCCAGUACGAGAUUGGCCCUGAAGAGAUCAAGAUCUCUCAAGAGAACUAUGCACAGAGCCGACUGGAGAAGGUGCGCAUUCCUGGCGGGCUGAAUGACAAUGACCCAGCUCCUGAGGAAAUGAUCCAACAGAACCGUACGACAGUCCGCUGUUUGUCCUGGCUGGCGAAGCAGACCCGGACAGAUAUUCAAUUCAUGGUAGCACAGGCUCAACGUCUUCAAGCAAAUCCUACGGUUGGUGAUGUGAAGAACACCAACAAGAUUGUUGACAUGGCCAAGCGCUUCAAGGACGAAGGCAUAAAGCUCAAGAAAAUUGAUGUGAAUGACAUGAUAAUCCUUGCCUUCCACGAUGCGGCUUGGGCGAAUGUGGAUUUGGAGGAAGAGAUCGACCCAGCUUGGGACGGAGACACCAAGCUUUCAUCACAGCUUGCGUGUCUGAUCAUGGUCGCCGACAGAAAAGUCUUGGAGAACAAAGAGGGCAACGCCUCAUUUGUGGACUGGCAUCUACGUUUGCAGGCGAGACUAUGGCAUGUGGCAUGUGGUGAGCCGAUGGAAGCUGCGCUGUAUCUACGGACGUCUAGUUCCAGAAGAAGAAGCUGGCGCAUUCAAGAGGUGCACCUGUGUACCGAUUGCAAGAGUCUUUACGACCAUUUACAUCGAGAAGGAGUACCAAAAGCUCCAACAGAGCGACGCCUCGCCAUCGACUUGGCGGCUAUUAGGCAGUCCCUCAAGACUGAAGCAAUCCACCAAUGGAAGCGUCGGUAUGGAAUCGGGGCUGUGCGUCCUGACAAACCAUGCAAGCCACCACUGCAUUGGGUGCCCACGGAAGAACAAUUAGCCGACAUUCUCACGAAAAAGAUGAAUCCGGCUCAGUGGUGGAGCGCAGUGAGAGACGGUAGAUUGAAGCUUCCUUUUACCCUGCCGAACGCGCGAAAGUCAGGCAUGGAUUCCUGA